UCCUAGCAAGGAGUCCUAAUUUUUUCUCUGUGACAUCAGCUUGUUGCUGUGGGAAUGGCUGGUAUUUCAUAAUGGAUAAUCUACUAGUACGGAGAAGGUGAAGCAGAGAAAGAAGAACAAAGAUAUUUCACCACAAAGGCAUUUUCUAUGCAGAAUUGAUCAUCCACUGGCAAGUGCCUGUCCAUGUGCUGUCUGAAACCUGGCAAAUAGACGGUCAACAGCCAUGCCACGUUCUCGCAGCUAAUAGUUCUCACCAUGCCCCUCCACAGCAAAACCCCUGGAAUAACUUUGCUGCAUCAGAUUCAAGCUUCAGAAUUGGAGACAAUAAGCAGACCACCACUGAAGUUACCACUUGAGAGACCCCUCGGUGAGAUGUAUGUGGAGAGCAAUAGGACAGGAAUUUUUAACUACCCAGAGGGCACUUCUUAUGACUUUACUGCUGCUACUGCACCGGUUUACAGUUCUGCCAGCUUAAGCUAUGCAUCCAGUUCUGAAACAUUUGGAUCAAGCAGCCUGGCUGGUCUUCAUUCCUUGAACAAUGUGCCACCAAGUCCAGUAGUUUUCCUGCAAACAGCCCCACAAAUCUCACCAUUUAUCCACCACCAUGGCCAGCAGGUACCAUACUAUCUGGAAACUGAACAGAGCUCCUUCGGUGUAAGAGAAGCAGCACCAACAACAUACUAUAGGUCGGGUUCAGACAACAGACGUCAACUUGGGAGAGAACGAAUAUCUUCAUCUAAUGAUAAGGGAACAGCACCAAUGGAGUCCAGUAAGGAGACUCGAUAUUGUGCAGUUUGCAGUGACUAUGCAUCUGGGUAUCACUAUGGAGUGUGGUCAUGUGAAGGCUGCAAGGCUUUCUUCAAAAGAAGUAUACAAGGCCAUAAUGACUACAUGUGUCCCGCAACCAAUCAGUGCACUAUCGACAAGAACAGGAGAAAGAGCUGUCAAGCCUGUCGACUUCGCAAAUGCUAUGAAGUAGGGAUGAUGAAAGGGGGAAUCAGGAAAGAUCGUAGAGGAGGACGUAUGAUAAAACACAAACGUCAAAAAGAUGAACAGGAUCAGAAGAAUGAUGUAAACACAUCUGAAAUAAGGACAGCAUCCAUUUGGGUGAACCCAACUGUUAAAAGCAUGAAACUGAGCCCAGUAUUGUCUUUGACAGCAGAACAGCUAAUCAGUGCCUUAAUGGAAGCUGAGCCACCGAUAGUUUAUUCGGAGCAUGACUCAACCAAACCUUUCAGUGAAGCCUCCAUGAUGACAUUGCUCACAAAUCUUGCAGAUAAGGAGCUGGUGCAUAUGAUUAACUGGGCCAAAAGAGUGCCAGGCUUUGUAGACCUAACUCUCCAUGAUCAGGUUCAUCUUUUGGAAUGUGCUUGGCUUGAGAUUCUUAUGGUUGGUUUAAUCUGGCGGUCAGUGGAACAUCCAGGCAAAUUGUCAUUUGCUCCAAAUCUCCUACUAGACAGGAACCAGGGACGUUGUGUAGAAGGCUUGGUGGAGAUCUUUGAUAUGCUGGUCACCACAGCCACUCGAUUCCGAAUGAUGAGACUACGUGGGGAAGAAUUUAUUUGUUUGAAAUCGAUUAUUCUUCUAAAUUCUGGUGUAUAUACAUUUUUGUCUAGUACCUUAGAAUCUCUAGAAGAUACAGACCAAAUUCAUUUGAUUUUGGAUAAGAUUAUAGACACAUUGGUUCAUUUUAUGGGUAAGACUGGACUUUCCCUUCAGCAGCAGCAAAGAAGAUUGGCUCAAUUACUUCUUAUUCUUUCCCAUAUCAGACAUAUGAGCAAUAAGGGAAUGGAACACCUCUACAGCAUGAAGUGCAAAAACGUUGUACCUCUUUAUGACUUGUUGCUGGAGAUGCUGGAUGCACAUCAGAUGCAUACGCCUAAAGACAAAUUUGUACCUCAAGAAGAAGACAACCAGAACCCUUUAAAUGAUGCAACCACUACGUCGCCAUGCUUACAGGCCUACUAUGUAAAUAGAGAGGAAGCGAGUUUGCAGAGUACAGUAUGAGAGCGUUUUCUACUUACAUUUUUUUAAUUAAUUGGCCUUUAGUGGCCAAGAAAUUCCCAGCAGUAUACUACCUAUAGUCAGUGUAUCACAUCAGCCGCAAAAGCUGCAUAUGUAAACACACUCCGGCAUGUAUCUAUUCCGAAUCAUUUAUAGUGCAGGCCUUCAUAGUCGCUUGCUGUGCUUCACAAGGAAGAGGAACCUUUGCUUUAAUGGGUUCUAUCCAUCAAAAUCAAUACUUUUUGUGAUUAGCUUAUGCGUAAAGCUGUGCACACAUUCAUUUCUUCAGCUUGUAUUUCCUAGAGUGGAGAUCGCAUGGACAGCGGCUGACGCAUUUCACACCCAGUGUAUUGCAUAGGCUCACACAUACAGUAUAAGCUCUUAUCAAUGAAACAUAUAGCAUUAAGGUAUAUCAUUUACAUAACCAUCUUAUCUACUGUUAUGUAAGUGUUUCUAGUUUUCAGUGUUUCUGUAGAUAUUGAUGGCUACUUUUUAUGUACUACUGUAUAUAGGUUCAACCAUCCAUAAUGAUUUCUGGAUCUUUGACUAACAAGUUUGCCAUCUUGCAAUGAAAAUACAGUAGAUUCUUGAGAGUACACAUGGUGCCUAAGAUACAACGAGAACACAGUUCUUUUUAUAGUUUUUGUGUAGUCCUCAAGGGCUAGAAAUCAUUAGUUUUGACCAUCACUAGUGGGUCACCAUGGCCAUGAUCCCAACUACUUUUAUUAAUCUUACAGUUUCUUAAAACAAAUCCUUUUCUUUCUUUUUCUGUGCACUGUUAUAUAACACGAAUCUAAACAUGUGUGGCCUUAACUCUGACAGAUCUACUUCAUUUUACAGUUUCAGUUGCUGCCAAUUGUAGAACUUACCAGUGGUUGUGUCCAGCACUAUGCACAGCUCAUAUGAUAUGUAACACUGAAAAAAAAGUAAUGAAACACAAGAGCCUAGCAAGUGAUCAGAUUUGUUGUUAUAGGUGAAAAGUUCACUUUCAUUUGAGAUAGAAUAAGCAAAUUGAUAUCAUGUUUGGUGUUUGCUUUUGGGGAAUUAAAAAGAAAAAUGGACUUAUGGACUUGGACAUUGAAUUUUAUGGGUUGACCAAGUUUAAUAGAUUAAUGAAGAUUAAUGAAUCAGUUAAGCAAUUUUAAUUGUUGUCAUACUAGCCUGAAAAACCACAGCAUGGCAGUUGACAACUUGGGUUAUAGAUUAUAAAUGUACAUCAUAGUGUAUCUAUAGAUCCCAAAGUAUUUACCAUAGUCAAAUCUAAUUUAAUAUGAAGUGAUUGUAUAGCUGAUUGUUGGCCAAUAUUGAUCAAUUGUCCAAACUAUGUGCUCUCAUAACUAUAUAUAACUGUGGAAUAGUGUACCUUAAUAAUUCAUCAGUGAAUUGUAAUGCAUCCUGUUGUAUUUCUCUACUUUUAAUCCUCCAUCUGCCACAACAUGAGUACUAUAGUAUACACUGUUCCAUACACCCUGAAAUGUUCAACAACUAGGACACCUUGAUUGAAAUCAUGUUAUCCAUUUAUUAAAGAUAUAUUUAAUGUUAUAUAUGAUUGAUUAUUAUAGAGUGAUUAUGUCCUCUGUAAAGAUUUAACCAGUAAUCUAGAGAUUGGGUCAAGGAAGUGAGGAUGAUGUUUUCUUCUAUCAGUCGAAAUGACCAGCUAGGCAGCACAGACACCCUGUAUAUCUGUUGGUUCUUUGAAAUCAUCAACUGAAACAUCAAGGUUGAUUUGAGAUCUCUCACCCAUUAUUCAGACCCACAAUGUAAAAUUAUGGGUAGAGUUACCCACUAUCUCUAAUGCCCAAGCUUCAUUUGUGGCCAACUGUAGAAUGAUUCGCAGAGAAGGUCCACUCUUUGUCUGUGAUCUGUUGAAAUGAUAACUAAUGGUGCAGGAGAAAAUCAGCGGUCACUAUAACCAAAGGGAAUUUUCUAUUUUGAGUGUCGUUUAGAAUCUCAAUAGUGGGAAUUAAUUAUGCCCCUUAUUGUGAUUUAGCUAUGCACCUUAUAUAUGCUAUCAGUGGUGUAUCCAUUGCACUAUUAUUAAAGCAUAGGUGAAGUUGACAUUAACUUGAUGCUGCUUAAUUCCAGUGGGGAGAGGCACUAAUUUCUGGGGACAGUUACUGAACCUGGCCCAGCUUGAAAAAACACAUUUCAAUAAUCCAUGACACUAGGUCUCCCCUGAACUAUUACCACCUAAAAGAAACAUAUACUCAUCAUAUGCUAUGAUUAUUCUAACUAAACUACUGUAUUAUGAAGGCAACCUUGCACUAUCAGUGAAUGUAAAAUUAGUACUAGAAGAAAUGGGGGUUGAUGCCCUGCAAAUGCACUACCUUAUCAUAAUAGAUUAAAUUAUGAACUUUUUCUUUGUCAACAAUAAAGGGGUGGAUGUCCAUUAUGUGUUUUUUACACAUAAAUCAGCAAAAUUGGAUUGCACAUGAUCCAACUACUAUGCAGCAGUAAAAAUAAUAAUGAUAAUAGGAAAAUUUAAGAUUCUGUGCA